AUGAAUGGAGCUGUUGCUAUUGCCCAACAAAAUCAGUCUCCAGAAAAUCCUACUGUUAUGGAAAAUAACGAUGAUGUUGUCAAAUGUUUAAAAUUUCUUAAAACUCUCAUCUCACUUCCAGUACAAAGAAAAAGUGGAAAAGAUGUUGAGAUGAAAGUUCAGAAACUUGUUAAGGAUAUAAUAUUUGAAGAGAUUUCAAUUGAAGAAUUUGCAACAAACUUACAGAGUGUUUUGAAUUCUCAAGCACAACCAAAUUUACUGCCAUUUUUAAUAAAUGCUAUGCCACCAUUACGAAGUGCUGUUCUUUCUGGAAGAGUUAGGAUUGAGGGAUUAGAUUUAGAUGGUGGUUUUAGUAAUCAAAGAAAUAUCUAUCAAAGACCAACAACUUCUAAUGCAUAUUAUCAAAAUUCUAUUGGUCAAAAUAGUUAUACACAUGAUCAACGGGUAAAUGUAUACACUGAUAAUCAGUCUGUGGUUAAUAAUCAAGGAAUUUCUGUUAAUAAUGGACAAUAUCGACAGAUACCUCAGGAAAAUAAUAUAUUACAUGUUGAGCAACAACAGCAACCGUACACAACGUCAACUCCGGUGAAUUAUGUAAAUGAAGAGUCUCUGGAUAAUACUCCUAGAACUUCAUAUGGUGGUCAUUCUUUAUCAAGACCUUCCUCUGUUCAAGGAAUUCCCCAACAAUCAUCUUCACAAAUACCAAUACAAGCACAACAGCAAGUAAUUCAAGGACAGUCAGUAGUUCAGGUACAACAAGAAAAUCUCACAACUAGAAAUUUAUCUACAUAUCGUCAACAUAGCAAGUUACUUAACCCACAUGCUAUAGCAAAUAGAAUCGCACGGAAAUUUCCAGAAGGUUUGAAACCUGAUGAUCAAGCUGUUUAUAUGUUGUCUCAUGCACUUGAACAUCGUAUGAAAUCUAUACUAACAAGUCUCUCUGUUGCUGCUGAGCAUCGUUUAGAAAAAUCUCAUUUAAAUCCAUUUUAUACACAAAGUAGUGAUUGCAAGAAACAGAUAAAAUUUCUAGAAGAAAUUUCUAAAAAAGAACAAGAAAGGCGAGAAAAUCGUGAACGUGAAAGUAUAUUAAGAGCUAAAAAAAGUAAAAAUAGUGAUAAUGCAGAAAGGCAGAAGGCUAAAGAAAUUCAGGAAGCUGAUGCUAGGGCAGCACAAAAUAAAGAAGCUAAUGCUGCUGCAAUAGCUGCUCUUGGAGGUGGUAGGACAUUUAAAAGAUCAUGGGCAGAUCCUAAUCCUCAUGAUUCAAAUAUGACUUCUGGUUAUGCAUCAGUUAUUAAUCAUAGACCAAGAAAGAAACGUAUAACAGUUCGUGAUUUACAAUUUGUUUAUUCAAUAGAUCCAUUUUUGAAGAAGAGUAAAUUGAGACAUAAAUUGAUACUGUCAACAACACCAACUGAUACAUUGUAA